AUGUUUUCGUACGCGCUAUCAACAGGUGCUAUCUACCUCGACACUCAAUCAAUCAAUCUAAAUUUGUUCACAGCGAGCACAUACUUUUAUCUUCCCAUCGACGAAGAGGAGGACGCCGACAUCGAAAACUAUCAGCGUAAAUACCUAACAUGGAUAGCAGAACCCUCAGGUUCAUCCAGUUCGACCCGGAAACCAAACAUAUCUUCAUCAACACCCUCAACCUGCUCAAAAGAUCGAACAGAUAUUCUAAACGCCGUUCUAUCCAGCCAUGACCUCUACGCCAUCCUUGGUGUCCCAAAAUCAGCUUCCCUAGAUAAAAUAUCUCUUCGUCGAGCAUAUCUUGCUCGGAGUAAAGAUUGUCAUCCAGACAAAUUCCCAAACAACCCCGACGCCACACACGCUUUCCAAAAAGUCGCAGUGGCAUAUGACAUCCUUAGCAAGCCGGCUUCAAAACGAUUAUACGACACCCGUUCACCUAAAUCCUCUUUCGACGUUUUCGCUGCCAGACCUACAAACUAUGCGGAAGAAACGUUUCGGGGUGUUGUUCUUGGAGUUUUUAAUGAUUUUCUCGAUGGCGACCUGGAGGUCAUAAGGACACUAUUACACACCGUCAAUAACAUGAACCCCUCAAUCAAGCUCGGAGAGGAUGGGAUUGACUCCGUUCUUGUAACCUUGCAAGCCAUCCGAUCCCGUGCUUUAACAUGCCGGACAUGCAUCUAUGUUCUCCAUGCAGAACUCAUUCGACUUUUGGAAGUUCAACACGCAUUCCGCCAGCUGUCCUACUUUGACAUCCUUGGCCGCUCACGGCUUACCAUUCAGCUCACACGCAUCACCCUCAGUCUACCCAUUGCCUUGGAACGGGCACUUCAGGAACAGAGUGCAUAUCAAGAACCUCUUGUUUCUAGUGAAGACCAGUCACAGCAAGAAAAACCCAUAUUUCCAAGGCGUGUCACACUUCUCAUACGCGGCGUCGACGUUGUAUUGGAAAGGAUGGAGAGGAUACUGAAGUAA